GCGAAAGCUGAACGCACUCUUGCGCAGCGACCCGGAAGCGGUUUUGCUCUGCAUAAAUCUAGUAGCUGGGUGAGUUUUCCCAGAUUCUUUAGACCGGUUGCUGGCACUCAGAACCCGGACCUCUGCCCUGGAAUUCCCAUCUUGUGUGCAAAGCUCCACUCGGGAACGCGGAGAGCUGCGAGACUGAAGAAGUAGGAACGGAUGAGAGAGAUGGCAGCGGAGCCAGGAUUGACUUCUCAACACUAAUGUUGCACAAGGAAGAACCUGGGAGGAGGAGAAGAAAGAAGAAAUAAAAUAAGCCAGGGAUGGCUGUCACUCAGGAACAGUUGUCAUUCAGUGAUGUGGCCAUAGAGUUCUCUCAAGAAGAAUGGGAAUGCCUAGACAAUGCACAGAGGGCUUUGCACAGGGAUGUCAUGUUGGAGAACUACAGCAACCUAGUUUCCCUGGGAGUCACACUUCCAAAUCUGAAUUCUAUGUCUAAAUUGGAACAAAACAAAGGGCCCUGGACUGUGAAGAGUGAAGCAAUAAGAACCAGAAAAUCAAAUAGACAGAAAUAUGUCAGAGCUAUGAGUGCAGUUAACUCUCCUGAACAUAUAAUUAAAGAUUUCCUACCAAAAGGGAGUGGAGAUUCAGGAGAAAUAGUCCAGACAAUGGUGGCAGAAAAAUAUAAAAGCAAUGGCACUGAAGAUUUUUCCUUCAGCAAAAUCCAGCAGAAUAUUCAGAAUUUUGAGUUUCAGUGGAAAGAGCAUGAAAGGAAUUAUAAACCCACUUGUAGAAGAGAUCAAGAUAGUGGGAAGGAGACAGGAAUAAACCUUAAGAAAAGUCAGCUUCUGUUAAGCUUUACUUCACGUCUGCCUGAACUGCAGCCAUUUCCAUCUUCAGAAAAUAUUGAUGGUGAUGAAGCUAAGUACACCAGCAGCAGUUCUUCAGUUUUGUCAUCUGAAAGAAUUCCUUCUCCUGGUGACAAAGCACCAAUUGUUCAUGAAUUUGAUGUUUAUUCUUCACUACUUAUAAAAGGACAGAAAACACCCAUUAAGGAAAAAACUUAUCAAUGUAAAGAGUGUGACAAAGUAUUUAGUUAUACUUCUUCUCUGGCAUAUCAUCGACAAAUUCAUACUGGAGAGAAACUUUACAAAUGUGUUGAGUGUGGUAAGGCUUUUUUUCGACGUUCUUAUCUUUUGGUACAUGAGAGGCAUCAUACUGGUGCGAAACCUUACAAAUGUAAUGAAUGUGGCAAGGUGUUCAGUCAGAAUUCACACCUUAAAAGUCAUCGAAGAAUUCAUACUGGGGAGAAGCCAUAUAUAUGUAAUGCUUGUGGCAAAGCCUUUAGUGUUCGUUCAAACCUAACUCACCAUCAGGUAAUCCAUACUGGAGAUAAACCUUAUAAAUGUAAUGAGUGUGGCAAGGUCUUCAGUCAAACCUCAAGCCUCACAAUUCAUCGAAGAACUCACACUGGAGAGAAACCUUACAGGUGCAAUGAAUGUGGAAAAGUAUUCAGUUCACAUUCAAACCUAAAUACCCAUCAGGCAAUCCAUACUGGAGAAAAACCCUACAAAUGUUCAGAGUGUGGCAAGGUCUUUACGCAGAAUUCACACCUUGCAAAUCAUUGGAGAAUACAUACUGGGGAGAAACCUUAUAAGUGUAAUGAGUGUGGAAAAGCCUUUAGUGUGUAUUCUAGCCUCACUACCCAUCAGGCAAUCCAUACAGGAGAAAAACCUUACAAGUGUGAUGAAUGUGGCAAGGUCUUCACUCAAAAUUCACAUCUUGCAAGUCAUCGUGGAGUUCACAGUGGGGAGAAGCCUUACAAGUGUGAAGAAUGUGGCAAAUUCUUUAGUCAAACUUCAAAUCUUGCAAGACAUUGGAGGGUUCAUACUGGAGAGAAGCCUUACAAAUGCAAUGAAUGUGGCAAAGCUUUUAGUGUGCGUUCUAGCCUGACUUCCCAUCAAGUAAUUCAUACUGGAGAAAAACCUUACAAAUGUUCUGAAUGUGGCAAGGUCUUCAGUCAGACUUCAAGCCUUUCAAUCCAUCAGAGAAUUCACACUGGAGAGAAACCUUACAGAUGCAAUGAGUGUGGGAAAGCCUUUAAUUCACAUUCCAACCUAAAUACCCAUCAAGUAAUCCAUACUGGACAAAAACCCUAUAAAUGUCUGGAAUGUGGCAAGGUCUUUACCCAAAAUUCACAUCUUGCAAAUCAUCAGAGAACCCAUACUGGAGAGAAACCUUAUAAAUGUAAUGAGUGUGGCAAAGCCUUCAGUGUGUACUCAAGUCUGACUACUCAUCAGGCAAUCCAUACUGGAGAAAAACCUUAUAAGUGUAAUGAAUGUGGUAAGGUCUUCACUCAAAAUUCACACCUAGCAAGUCACCGGAGGACUCAUACUGGAGAAAAACCUUACAAGUGUAGUAAGUGUGGUAAAGGCUUUAGUGUGCGUUCAAGCUUGACUACCCAUCAGACAAUCCAUACUGGAGAAAAACCUUACACAUGUAGUGAGUGUGGCAAAGUCUUUACUCGAAAUUCCAACCUUACAAGUCAUCAGAGACUUCAUGUUGGACAGAAGCAUAUGUGAAUAUAGCAAGGUCUUCGAGCAUAAUUCACUUCUUGCACAGUAUCCAGGAAUACAAUCCUAAGAAAAUGUUAGUAUUGUGUUGAUGAUAAAUACCCAUCAUGAGUUCAAAUAUGUCACAGAUGUAGUGGUAUGCAUGUACAGCCACACCCUUUUCAGGGUGUUGUAGGAGCAGUGUCUGCCUGGGAUAUAUAGGAAGAACUUGACUUAAAGUAAAAACUAAAUUAAACUUUUAUAGACAUUUAGCAUAUUAAGCAGACACUCUAAACAUAUGGAGGAGAUGCUUCAGGACAUGAUUUUCACCUCUAUUAAACACAAAAAUGUACAUUGUUAAUGAAAUUAUCCAGUUGGCACUUAUUGAGAAUGUUACUUAAUGACUAUUACAGUGGAAGGUGAAUGGAAGGAAUUACUUGGCCUCUUGUUUUUCAUGGCUAAUCUUCAAUGUUAUAUUCCAUAGAAUAGUUGAUAAUUACUGAACAAUUAAAAGUCAAAAUAGCUAAAACAUGAUAUAUUUAAAAGGUUGAAGAUAGUUGAUACUUGCCUUUAAUAUUCAUGUACUCAUUUAUUUAUGGUUCCUUACAAAAAUCCACUUUGCCAUUUGUGAUUGUUAUCUGCAACUUUCUGAUGAUGCAAUACCUGCCUUAGGGGCCUUUUAUUGCAGCUUCUUGGAAAAAUAGGGUAAAAAGUUACAUUAGUAGGAAAGAAUCAUGUCUGUCUGGUUUCUGAAAAGAAUGACUCCAUUCAACCUGUUGAAGUAAGUAUUGACUAAGUUAUUUUCCUAAUUUGUGUUUAGUUUCUAUAUUAAAUGCCAUGACUAAAGUUAACUUGGUGAGAAAAGGGAUUAUUUCAUCUUAUAGUUUAUAGUUGAUCAAGAGAAGCCAGGAUAAUGACUAGAGUAGGAACCUGGAAGCAGAAACUAAGGAAGACAAUGGAGAAAUGACACAUGUUGGCUUGCUUUCUUGGCUUAGUUCCUUUAUAUACAACCUAGGACCACAAUGUACUAAGGGGGGGGGUGGCACUACCCAAAGUAGUCUAGGCCCUCUUAUAUCAGUAAUUAAUAAAAAAAAGUACUUGAAAGUGAUGAUCAGAGUCCAGCCUGAUGAAUAUGAUUUCUUAAAGAGUCUCUCUUCUCAGAUAACACUAGUUUGUGUCAAGUUAAAAAAUCUAACCAGAUCAUUUAUCAUCUGAAAGGAUCAGGAUAUUAUAAAAUUACAGCAUAAAUUUAUCAUUUAUUGUGUAUGAUGGGAACAUUCUGUGGGACAAAAACAAUUAAGUUGGAAAGAAAUGAUCUAUCAUCUGAUCAUGAGAUACAGAAGCUGCCACAAAAUUAGGAUAUUGCACUUUUUGUGAAAUAAGAACAAUAUGUUAUUAGGGAUAUGUCAUUUGUUGAAUAAACUGCAGAAAACAUGGGGAACUUCUAUAUUGAGUGACAACAGGUUUCACAUGUAGGAAAUAAUAAUUUUUCUUACUUUUAAAAUUAAAGUGAGAAACAUUAUUAGAAUGGAAAAUUUGACCCAAAGAAAGUGUAGGGGCUGUGUAUGUAGCUAGUAGAGAAGCACUUGUGUCAUGCAUGUGAUGCCCUAACUUCAGUGCUCAACAUCACCAAAAUUAAAAAAUACACAAAAGGUUUCUUAAGAGUGACAUCAUUUAACUACUGUUGUUAAGGUUUCCACUGUCUUAUUAAAAAUAUAUCAUUAUUUGAACUUUUAGCUAUUGAAAUAAAGAUUUUAUUUUCCUAUGAA